AUGGCGAAGAGUCUGCUGAUCACUUAUGCCCUUUGGUCAUUUGGUGGACUUUUUGGUCUCCAUCACAUCUACCUUGGCAGAGACAGUCAUGCCUUACUAUGGAUGGUGACAUUUGGUGGAUUUGGAGUCGGGUGGAUGAGGGAAUUUUGGCGACUGCCAAAGUACGUGCAAAAUGCAAACAUGCAUCACAAUAAGAUCCAAAGAAAAAGAGAUCUACGACCAUCAAUAAGCAUUGUUCGUAUUUUUGGCCAAAUUGCAGUUGGGGUUUAUUUUGGCAUUGUUGCUCUUAUAAGCCUAUCAUCAUUAAAUAGUUUCUACAUCAUGGCAUUGCCACUUGCAAUUACACUGGGUGUUCACCUUGUAGCCAAUGUGGGUGAAGAAACCUCCAAUAUAAAGACAACAAUGAUGGCUUCAUUCAUUACAUCUCCCGUUUUCUAUGGAAGACCCAUUGCAACUGUACCCAUCAGUAUUGUUGCCAGUAUUACUUCAAUGCAACACCGUCACUACAAGACUACAGAUCAUACAAAAGACAACCUGAGUGUGCGACUCUACAGACUAGGUCUCGCUUGGCUGGCUUUCACAAUGCCAAUCUCUUACUGUGUGUUCCACAAUACCACAGUUACAGUUACAUACAUCACGGACACCAUCAGCCUUAUUCUAGACUCAGUCCGAAUAUUCCCGAUACUCAGUGGUCUUAUUGAGUCUGCAUUCCUCCUUCCAUACCACACGUGGAAGCUGUUUACUGGUGGGAUUGGACUAAGCUAUGGAUACAGUCAGGAGUGGGAAAAACUAUUUGCAUCUAUCUCCGCCAUAAAGACUGAAAGAAAAAGGUUAGCAUAUGAGGUGUUGGGAUUACAUGAGGAAGCGACCUUGGAAGAAAUCAACAAAAGCUACAGAGAGCUGGUGAAACGCUGGCAUCCUGACCACAACAGACACAACUUAGAUGAAGCAGAACGUCAAUUCCUUGAGAUCCAGGCAGCAUAUGAAGUACUUGCAAAAAACAAGCAAAGAGGGUCACAUUAA